AUGGAAGCGCUGACCCCGACGCAGUGGCAGUUUAAGUUCUUCGACGUUUCGCAAGUCAAGCUCCCGGACGACGAGAGCUCAUUCCUCUCGGAGCCUGGAAGCAUCACAUCUGCAGUAGCGGGCUCAGAAAGCAUCUUCUUCGGAAGCGCAGAUGGCGUCGUUCGCAUCGUCUCGCAGGCCUUCAAGGUCGUGCGCUCGUUCAAAGCGCAUGACACGGGCGCUAUUAAUUACAUGAAGCAGGUGCAGGGCACUUCUUUGCUGGUCACAAUUGCUGAGGAUCUGUCCAACGAGCCGGUUCUGAAAGUAUGGGCGUUGGACAAGCUAGAAAAGAAGACCGGCAUCCCGCGCUGCCAGAGCACGCUCACAAUACACAAUGGACGCAAACAAUUUCCCAUAUCAGCUUUUGCUGCACUAGAUGAUCUAUCUCAGCUGGCAGUGGGUUUCGCAAAUGGCGCCGUUACCGUUGUUCGCGGCGACCUCAUCCACGACCGCGGCGCAAGACAACGAACCGUCUUCGAGUCUGAGGAGCCUGUCACUGGCAUAGAAUUCCGCGAGGGCAACAUCACAACCUUGUAUAUUGCGACGACAGGUCGGAUAUUGACAUUGGUGAUAUCGGGCAGAGGACAAGGGCAGCCAGCAAAGUCCCUGGACGACCACGGCUGUGGUGUAGGAUGCAUGGCGGUAGACAAGUCUACACGCGAUGUGGUCGUAGCGCGGAACGAUGCCAUCUAUUACUACGGCCAACACGGAAGAGGCCCGCCCUACACUUAUGAGGGUGAGAAGAAUAUGGUCACCACGUUCAAGGAUUAUGUGGUCAUCGUUUCGCCGCCCAAGUCGAAUGUCAUGUCACGUUCCAAUCCUCUCAGAGCGCUCGGCAUGGGCCCAGCUGAUGAUGCCUUUAAUACAUCCGGUUUCACAUUGCUCAACACCGAGUUGAGAUUUGUGGCACACCAAGAGCAGAUCACCUCGCAAGUCAAGUUCCUCGUUGCGGAAUGGGGCGAUCUUUUCGUGUUAACCAUGGACGGCAAGAUAUUCCGCUACCACGAAAAGCCCUUUUCUCAAAAAUUAGACAUUCUGUAUCAGCGUAAUCUCUACGUUCUGGCUAUCAACAUGGCUCAAAAGGCUGGCCUUGAUUCUUCGCAGCAGAAUGUGAUCCUCCGGAAAUAUGGCGACUAUCUAUACCAGAAGCAAGACUACGACACGGCAAUGCAGCAAUACCUGAAAGCGAUUGACAAUACUGAGCCCUCACAAGUUAUCCGGAAGUUUCUGGACACGCAACGGAUACACAAUCUGAUAGAGUACCUGGAAGAAUUGCAUGAUCACCACAAGGCCACAUCAGAUCACACAACCCUCCUUCUCAACUGCUAUGCAAAGCUGAAGGAUGUGGAGAAACUCGAGGAGUUUAUCAAGUCUCCAGGCGAUGAUCUCAAAUUCGAUCUUGACACAGCAAUCUCAAUGUGUCGGCAAGGAGGCUACUUUGACCAAGCCGCCUAUUUAGCACGAAAGCACGGCGAACAUGAGAUGGUCAUUGACGUUUUGAUCGAGGAUUCGAAACGAUAUGCGGAAGCGCUCGCCUACAUUUGGCGAUUAGAGCCCGAAGUGGCUUAUUUCAACCUCAUGAAGUACGCAACCGUGCUGCUGGAGCAAUGUCCGAAAGAUACAACCCAAAUAUUUAUCGAUUACUAUACCGGCAGCUUCAGGCCAAAGAAAGACGCUAUUGUUAUACCCAAUGCUCCCGCAUCUUCAGGGAUGGGGAUGGGCUUGGGCGUGGCUUCUAGCGCCGUGCAGAACCUCGCUGCUCUUCUACCCCUUCCGUACAUGAACACCAGUGCGGUCGCGUCGCCACCUUCAGGCGAGUCGAAAUCAACUAUGAGCCAAGCUCAAGUCGUCGAAACCAGCACGGAUGAACCACCACCAGAGUAUGAGAUACCCAAACCUCGAACAGCAUUCUCCGCCUUCGUAGACCAUCCUCAAGAGUUCAUCAUCUUCCUUGAGGCCUGCAUCGAGUCCCAAAACAUGCGUGAAGACGACAAGGUAGAUCUCUACACCACCCUCUUUGAGAUGUAUCUGCACACGGCGUCUUCGAAGAAAGACGGUGAGCGAAAAGAGUGGGAAAACAAAGCAAAAACACUGGUAGAAGGCAAUAAUAUCCCGAUCGACACUUCGAACGUCCUCUUACUCUCGCAUCUAUCAAAUUUCCGCGAUGGCACCAUCCUCGUCCGCGAACAGCAGGGCCUGCACUUUGACAUCUUCCGCUCCUACACCGCCGCCAACGACACGCAAGGCGCCAUCCGCGCGCUCCGCAAAUAUGGUCCCGAAGAACCCGCGCUCUAUCCCGCCGCCCUCAGGUACUUCACCUCCUCACCCGAAAUCCUCGCCGACGCUGGUGACGAGCUCGAUACCGUCCUCAAGAAGAUCGAUGAUGAUGGUCUCAUGGCCCCGCUGCAAGUCAUCCAGACACUCUCUACCAAUGGUGUCGCCACAAUGGGCAUGAUCAAGACAUACCUCUCCGCCACCAUCGAGCGCGAGCGUUCGGAAAUCGCCACCAACCGCCGCACCAUCGAGACUUUCCGGUCCGACACCGAGACCAAGAAGGCGCAGCUUCAGACUCUUAACACGAAGCCCGAGACGUUCCAGGCGACUCGGUGUAAGGUGUGCGACCGCCCGCUAGACCUACCUGUCGUACACUUCCUCUGCAAGCAUAGCUUUCACCAGCGAUGUCUCAGCUUGGACGAGGAUGUUGAAGACGAGAGUGUCGAGUGUCCGCUGUGCAGUGGGCAGAACCAGACUGUGCGGGCGAUACGGAAGGCGCAGUUGGAGAGCGCGGAAAGGCAUGAUUUGUUCAAGGAUGCGUUGAAGAGGGGUAGGGAUGGGUUUGCGGUUGUGAGUGAGUGGUUUGGACGGGGGUUAUGGGGGUGGGUACGGCGGAGUGAUACCUUCUCAGACGAAAGAUUAUACAAUCCUAUUCAUCGAAUGCACUCUGAGACAAGCUACCUCAACACAUGA